AUGCAUCUGGGAAUCCCCAAAAGGUCAGAUCUAAGGCCUAAGGGCAAAAACAAGCCUAUUCUACCCAUACCUGCAUCUUUUAGGGGACGGAUCAAUGAUUUCAAGUCCAAAAAGACGAUUCUGUACGCCGUUCUAACUCUCCUUACUUUGAACUACAUAGUAAGCCGAGCGUUCUUUUCAUCGGGAAAAGGACAUAAUUUCAACCAUCUGACCAACCAGGAGGCUCUUCAGACGCUGCAGAAAAACCACGGUCUUUACAAGCACGAGAUAAUUGUGAACUCCAACUAUAUCUUUCCACCCAUUGAACACGCUCCACUGCUGAGAGAGCUGACGCUGGACAGAUUAUUCAAAUCAAAAGUCAGCCCUGAUAAUCCUCAGGAGAAGUUGUACUACUAUUCUGAUGAUGACGACCUUAACGAGCUCAAUGAGAUAAAGGACAAGUCCAAUUCUGAGAACCCGCUGGAUCAGUCCCGAAAAGCAUUCAAGGAGCACGGUCGUAAGGUUUUCAGACCUUCAGGCAGCAAAAAAUCACCAGAAAUUGUGAUUGUCACUGGUGUUGACUUUGAGCAAUUCGAGCAAGGACAUCUGACCAAGAUUGUUCAAAACAGAGUCGACUAUGCUCACGCAAACGGUUACGGAGUGUACGUUAGAUGGAUUCAAGAGUUCAUUCCAACUUUACAGGAGUUCCACAACGACCGCAAAUGGGCCAGGCUUUUCAUUUUGAGAGCUGCUAUGCAUGCGUUUCCUCAAGCAAAAUACUUCUGGUAUCUGGACCAAAACGCCUACAUUAUGAGACACGACAUUGAGCUUUAUUCCUAUCUUUUGGAACCGAAAUCGCUUGAGCCGAUUAUUUUGAGAGACCAGCCAAUAGUGCCACCUAAUGGGGUCAUUAAGACGUACAAGAAGACCAAAGCGGACGAUAUCCGCUUCGUGAUCACACAAGCUAAGGACGGACUUGACACAGAUUCAUUUAUUUUGAAAAAUGACAUAUAUGGUAAAGGAUUUCUCGAAUUCUGGACCGAUCCACUGAUGAGAAAAUAUCCAAGUUUCGCCGGAGACGACAAAGAUGCCCUGAUGCAUAUCCUCCAGUGGCACCCGGUGAUCUUGAGUAAAUCUGCCAUUAUCCCAAGCCGGACCAUAGCUUCGUUGCAUAGCUCCAAUACCGCGGAGGAAGUCGACGAUACUUCAUUCUAUCAAGAAGACGAUUUUGUUGUGAAUUUCAAGGGCUGCGAUGUCUAUCAUACGUGCGAGUUGGUAUUGGAUUCCUACUGGAAGAAGCAGCAGGCUGCUAAAUAA